AUGUCUUUCACAGGACUUGAGAACCUGGGCGCUAUGCCAAAGCCUUUAUCUAAAAGCAGCAAGCCAGAUCUGAAAAGACUCAAGCUGAAUCUGUCUAAGACUAAAAAGUGGAAGAGUGGCCACUUAAAGUUAAAAGUCAAGAUUGAAGACAACUAUGAUAUUAUCAAACCCUUAGGGGCUGGAACUUAUGCCUCUGUCAGUCUCGCUACUGACCUGACUAAUGAAAAGAAGGUUGCUAUUAAGAUCUCUAGGAAGGAGAAUUCCUGUGAGAAGUUAGCUAGCGAGUACAAAAUCCUCUCAGAACUUGACCAUGAGUGCAUUAUUAAACCAAUUAGGUUCAUAAAUAAUGAGAUGAAAAAUGAAGCAUUUCUGGUUUUAGAGUACUUUGAAGGUACAGAUAUUAAAGAGUUUGUUCAGAAAAAUGGACCACUCUCUAAUGAUGGCUGUAAGAGAGUAAUUCAGCAGCUCUCCUCUUGUGUCAGUUAUUUACAUAGCAAGGGUAUAGCCCAUCGAGAUAUAAAACCGGAGAAUGUUCUAAUUGACGAAGAACUUAAUAUCAAACUUAUUGAUUUCAAUAUUUCUAAAAAGAUGAAAUCAGGUAGUGAUGACGGAGAAUGCAAGUUCAGAUCUAUCUUUUACACCCAAAUUUCUUCCCCACUAUAUGCUGCACCAGAAAUUAAGGAAAGAUGUCUAUAUACUGAGAGUGUCGACAUCUGGGGAAUAGGGAUCAUCAUGUUCACUUGUUUUUAUGGAUGUCCAACUUCAAAGAGCGAUAGCGGCAAGGCCCUAAACCAAAUUUCAUUAUCUGAUAUAAUUGAGUCUGAAUCAUCUGUAUGCAAAGAGGCUCAAGUCUUGCUACUGAAAUUGUUAUGCAAGGACCCACAGCUUAGACUCUCAGCUGAGGAAAUCCUAGCUGACGAUUUUCUAAACUAA